AUGCCGCCGCCAGCUGCACCACCGGCGGCCGCGCCUGCCCCGAGAGUCACGGAAGAGGAGGCGAACAAGAUCCAGGCCCAGCUGCUCAAGGCCGAAAUGAUGGGCGACGAGGACCGGAUACGCGAACUCAAGGGCAAGCUCGCGCAGCUGCGCGAGGCUCAGAAGGUGGUCGUGCUCUCAGGCCUGGACCAACACGGCAGACCAGUGAACCUCCCGGUGUCGACCAACGUGGACGAGGCCCGACGCAUGAUGGCUGCCGAACGGGAGCAGGACGCGAGGUCGGGCAACCUCGACUGGGCUCGUUCCCUUGCACGCCACCAGGCCUACAGCGACGAGGACUUCGGCGAGGUCCACUUCGACCAGGAGGGAAGGAGCAAGAAGCGCCGACGUACCGGGGUGCCCGAGCGAUCGGAAGAGGAUAUGCGCCGCUCUCGGGCUAUCGCUGGCGAAGCGCAGGAUCAGCGAAUGCGGGAGAGCUGCACGUUCUGCCUGGACGAAGGCAAGCGGGUGGGCAAGCACCUGCUGCUCUCUGUCGGCGAGAAGUCCUACGUGUGCCUGCCGCACCGCGGUGCCCUGGUGCCCGAUCACUGCCUCAUCGUGCCGCUCGGCCACGCGGGAGCGAGCACGGCGUUGGAGACCGACGUCUAUCGGGAGAUUGUCGAUUUCCAGCGGGCGCUCGUGCGCAUGUAUGACCAGCAGGGCAAGGCCGCCAUAUUCUUUGAGACUGCUGCCAUUGGCAAGAGGGCCAAGCACAUGGUGAUCCACUGCGUUCCGAUGCCCAAGCGCGACGCUGCAGUCGCCCCGGGCUACUUCAAGAAGACCCUCUCCGACACCGGAAGCGAGUGGGGCCAACACCGCAAGAUCAUCGAUACGACGGGCAAGGGCGUGCGGCGGGCCAUCCCGAAGGAGUUCCCCUACUUCCACGUCCAGUUUCCCGACGGCACCUCGUUCGGCCACGUCAUCGAAGACGUCAAGGGCUUCCCCAAGGACCUGGGCAAGGAGGUGAUCGCGGGCAUUCUGGAGCUGGAGCCCGAGGCGGUCCGCGGCGCCCACGAGAGCUACGAGGCGCAGCGCAGCCGUGCCCAGGCCUUCCAGCGCACCUGGCGACCCUACGACCCCACCCGAGCCCAACGCGCCCCCACCACACCCGUCUCCUCCGCUUCUUCCUCUUCUACAAGCAGCAGUGGUCAGCCGCCGGCGUGA